CUGUUCCAUGGUCGCUGUUUCACCCCGUCAAUAGAAAAGUGAACACACUCAGAUGUAAACAAGAGAAAACAUGGCUUCGCCCUUGAUCAGGUGCUUCUCAAAGGUUGGUAGGCAGGUGUCCCGACCAUGGAGUGUGUGCCAGCAUGGUCUGCGGAACAGAUCCACCCAACCAGACGUGUCUGCAGAGCAGGCUGCUGCUCUGGGGGUCUCCUACCCUCCACUACAGACAUACUCUGAGGAGGAGGGGAUGAUGAGGGAUGCUGUGAACAAGUUUGCACACGAGCGUCUUGCCCCGUUUGUGUCGAAGAUGGACGAAAACUCUCAUAUGGACGCGGAAGUGAUAAAGUCCCUCUUUGAACAGGGGCUGAUGGGCAUAGAGAUCGACCCAGAGUACGGAGGCACCGGAUCCACGUUCUUCUCCUCCAUCCUGGUCAUUGAGGAGCUGGCCAAAGUGGACGCCUCCGUGGCCGUGCUGUGUGACAUCCAGAACACCCUCAUCAACACACUGUUCACCAAGCUGGGGACCGCAGCCCAGAAAGAACGCUAUCUCAGCCGGCUGUCAACAGACAUGGUUGGUAGUUUCUGCCUGUCCGAAGCGGAGUCGGGGAGCGAUGCCUUCUCUCUGAAGACGCGUGCUGACAAACACGGGGACUACUACGUCAUCAACGGUUCCAAGAUGUGGAUCAGUAAUGCAGAGCAAGCUGGGGUGUUUCUGGUGAUGGCCAACGUGGACCCGUCUGCUGGGCACAGAGGUAUCACCUGCUUCAUCGUGGACAGAGACACCGAGGGGCUUCAGAUCGGCAAGAAGGAGAACAAACUGGGUCUGAGAGCUUCUUCAACCUGUCCUCUCAACCUGGAUAACAUCAAGGUUCCUGAGAAGAACAUCUUGGGUCAGAUCGGCCACGGAUACAAGUACGCCAUCGGCAUGCUGAAUGAAGGCAGGAUUGGGAUCGCUGCUCAGAUGCUGGGACUGGCUCAGGGCUGCUUCGACCAGGCCGUUCCCUACACCAGACAGAGGGUUCAGUUUGGCAAACGCAUCUUCGACUUCCAGGCCAUGCAGCACCAGAUAGCCCAUGUAGCCACCCAGAUAGAGGCUGCCAGGUUGCUUACCUACAACGCUGCCCGGCUGAAGGAGGCAGGAAGACCUUUCAUCAAGGAGGCCUGCAUGGCCAAGUACUUCACCUCAGAGGUGGCAACGUUGACCACUUCAAAAUGCAUCGAGUGGAUGGGAGGGGUCGGCUUCACCAAAGACUACCCUGUUGAGAAAUACUACAGAGAUUGUAAAAUAGGUACCAUUUAUGAGGGCACAACCAACAUCCAGCUGUCCACCAUGGCCAAGUUUAUAGACAAGGAGUAUGACCACUGACCUGGUCUGGUCUGUAUCCUCAUCAUGGAGACUGACCUCCUGACCUGGUCUCCUGACCGUAUCCUCAUCAUGGAGACUGACCUCCUGACCGUAUCCUCAGCAUGGAGACUGACCUGACCUGACCUCCUGACCGUAUCCUCAUCAUGGAGA